AUGCCUCCCGACGCCCACCAUAGACGCCGUGCGAGGCAGGCCUGCACCCACUGCAACGCUCGCCGCGUCAAGUGCAACGUCACCGAAAAGGUCCCCUGCGAUAACUGCGUCGCCGCCGGCACCCAAUGCCAGUUGCGCGUGUCUCGGCGCGGCAAGCACCCGCGCUACCGUCCCGGCCAGGAGCCCGCCAAGCCGUUGCCGUCAUCGCAAUCGCAGUCCACGUCGCCCGCCGCCGCCGGGCCUCAUUCCUCGUCCAAUAUCCAGACGCCCGCGCCUGCGCCCGCGCCGCCGCCGCAGCAGCAGCAGCUCCCCGUCAUUCCUCCACAACCGUCGCUGCAGCCAGAAGGCCUCACCGCCACCGCCAGCGCCUCUCCGCCCGACGACCCACCCAGCCUCGUCUACAAGAGCGAGCACACAUCGCCCAACGACGAUGAGAUGUCCCAGGCCUCCCUCGCCCUCGCCUCCCUGUCCCGCGGCGUCCGUCGCGGAAGCAAGCCCGACAUCAAGCCCGAGGACAAGCAGGAAUACGGCGCCUCCGUCUUCUUUGGCGAGUCCUCGUCCAUUCGAUACGUCGGCACAGACAAUUUUGCGUCGUCGGUCGCCAAGCUCGACUCGGUGCCCUAUCAGACCGGCUCCAAAGAUCGGCCGAUUAAAAUCAACGAGGCCCUGGAAAGACUCAGGUGCAGGCCCGACGGGCCAUUCACGCUCCCGCCUCGUCACGUCACCACAGCGCUCCUCACGGCCUACUUUCAGUGGUUCCAUCCCUUUUGCCCCAUCGUGGAUGAGCAAGAGGUCUGGCAUCAGUUUGAGACCGGCUCACUCUCUACGCUGCUGCUGCAGUCCCUGCUCCUCGUCGCCGCCUCACACUGCGAGGAUUCUGUCCUGGCCGACGCUCGCCUUGGCAACAGAAGCCAAGUGAAGCUCAACUGUUAUAACCGCGCCACAGAACUGUACGAUGCCAAUGUCGAGACGCAAAGUCUUACCAUCAUCCAGAGCCUUAUCCUCCUGAGCUUUUGGCGCGGCCACGUCGCCGAGGAAAAGGACACAAGACACUGGCUCGGCAUCGCUAUCAGCAUUGCACAGCGCAGAGGCCUACAUCGCUCACGCAAACAAGGCAGGCUCGGACCAGACGCCCGCGUAUCUGAUCAUAAAAAGAAGCUUGCCCGAAGGCUUUGGUGGUCUGUAUAUAUGCACGAGAAGCAAACCGCCGCUACAUUGGGCUUGCCGCAGAGAGUUCGCGACGAGGACUGUGAUGUCGAGAGCCUAGAGGCGGGCGAUUUUGAGCACGCCUUUUCCUCUUGCAGGCCACAGGAAGAGAAGAACGACUCCAUCGACUACACCAUCCGAAUAACACAGCUCAGCAAGUUUCUAGGAAGAGUCGUCGACGUCGUAUAUUCACCGAACAGAACCUCCACCGAACCCGAGCGCACUGCGAUCCGGGACGAGCUCGUCCAGUGGAAGCAGACCCUCCCUCCGUCGCUCCGCAUCGACGAAGACAUUGGCUCGCAGCCGAGCCUCCACGCGAGCAUGAUUCACAUGGCCUACAACAACAUCUUUAUCCUCCUUUACCGCAACUGCUUCACCGACUUCAACUUUGACCAAGAAGGCCAAUACGCGCUGCAAGCCGGCGCGCGCACCGUGCGCAUCGUCGAGGACAUGCUGCCGCGCGGCAUCAUGCGGCACGCGCAAAUCCACGUCAUAACCAACCUUUCCAACACGCUGUGCCUUAACGUCAUGGACCUGCGCGGGGCCAAGGGCCUGGCUCGCACCAGCGCCGAGCAUCGCUCCAAGGUCUGCCUGCUCGGCCUCGCCGAGCUGCAGAAUACCUGGGAGUUUCGCAACUGGAUCCUGCAGCUCUUUAUCCGCCGCGCGGACGGGCCCGCGGGCGACCGUCGCCGCGACGAGGAGUCCGAGGCCAAGCAAAUUGCCAUCAAGAGUGAGACGCCGCUGCAGGCCUCGUACGGCGCGGCCAUGUCGCGGGAGAGCUCGGGCGGCGGCGGCGGCGGCCUGUUUGGCAAUCUCGCGGAGCUGGAGGGCUUUGCAUUUACGGUGAAUAAUGAGAUGAUGGAGCCCAUGACGUGGCCGGUGGACGAGAUGGAGCGGUUUCUGUUUUCGCAAAUUUACCAUUCGAAUCCAUUUUGGUGA